CUCCAGCACCGAUCAAAUCUGCGAGCAGUGCCGCGAGAGACGCGUGUCUAGUGUUUAAGUAAAGUAAUUUAUUUCAAAGUUUUAAUACAAAUAUGAGGGAAAUCGUGCACAUCCAGGCCGGCCAAUGCGGCAACCAGAUCGGAGCUAAAUUCUGGGAGAUCAUCUCUGACGAGCAUGGCAUUGACCCUACCGGCGCGUACCAUGGCGACUCAGACCUGCAGCUGGAGCGCAUCAACGUUUAUUACAAUGAGGCCUCCGGUGGCAAGUACGUGCCCCGCGCCAUCCUUGUCGACCUCGAGCCCGGCACCAUGGACUCGGUGCGCUCUGGACCCUUCGGACAAAUCUUCCGACCUGAUAACUUCGUCUUUGGUCAGUCCGGCGCCGGUAACAACUGGGCUAAGGGCCACUACACAGAGGGCGCAGAGCUCGUCGACUCAGUUCUUGACGUAGUACGCAAAGAAUCAGAAUCAUGCGAUUGUUUACAAGGAUUCCAGCUCACACACUCCCUUGGUGGCGGUACCGGCUCCGGUAUGGGAACACUCCUUAUCUCCAAAAUCAGAGAAGAGUACCCCGACAGGAUCAUGAACACAUACUCAGUCGUCCCCUCGCCCAAAGUAUCAGACACCGUAGUAGAACCUUACAACGCCACACUCUCGGUCCACCAGCUCGUAGAAAACACAGACGAAACAUAUUGUAUCGACAAUGAAGCCCUAUACGACAUCUGUUUCCGCACGCUCAAGCUGUCUACACCCACCUACGGUGACUUAAAUCACUUAGUAUCCCUCACAAUGUCCGGUGUCACGACUUGCCUCAGGUUCCCUGGUCAACUGAACGCCGAUCUUCGUAAGCUAGCUGUAAACAUGGUUCCUUUCCCUCGUCUCCACUUCUUCAUGCCCGGAUUCGCUCCUCUCACAUCCCGUGGAAGCAGACAAUACCGUGCCCUCACCGUGCCUGAACUCACCCAGCAGAUGUUCGACGCCAAGAACAUGAUGGCGGCUUGCGAUCCGCGCCAUGGCCGUUACCUCACCGUCGCCGCCAUCUUCCGCGGUCGCAUGUCCAUGAAGGAGGUCGACGAGCAGAUGCUCAACAUCCAGAACAAGAACUCGUCCUACUUCGUCGAAUGGAUCCCCAACAACGUGAAGACCGCCGUGUGCGACAUCCCGCCACGUGGUCUCAAGAUGGCUGCCACCUUUAUCGGCAACUCGACCGCCAUCCAGGAGCUGUUCAAGCGCAUCUCGGAACAGUUCACCGCUAUGUUCAGGCGCAAGGCUUUCUUGCAUUGGUACACUGGCGAGGGCAUGGAUGAGAUGGAGUUCACCGAGGCGGAGAGCAACAUGAACGAUCUCGUCUCCGAGUACCAGCAGUACCAGGAGGCCACCGCCGACGAGGACGCCGAGUUCGACGAGGAGCAGGAGCAGGAAGUCGACGAGCACUAAACACUGAAACGUAGAAACUUUUAUCAAUUUAAACGCGUUACGCCAAAUGAGUAACAAAUUGAUUCCUACGUUAAAUUCAGAACCUGCUUUCUAACUUUUAACAGAUGCACAAUUUAACUAAUUAUCAGAAUUAUUAUGAUAUAUAAAACCAAAAUAUAAAUUGACGGCAUUUGUAUUCCAUCAAUACAUUCCUCGUGAUUCCAGCAAGACUCAUUGAGAGCUAGAUCUGAAUUUUAUAAAGGCUGAUCUAAAGUAGACAUUGCGUAUUUAUAAUGUUUGGAAACAAUUUGCCAAACGUAAAAAAUGUCCGCUUCAAUAACAGAAGUUAUUACAAUUGUUUUGAACAAAUAAUUUAAUGUAUACAAUGUGCCGGACGAGUAUGCAACCGGCAUUCUUAGUUAUUGGUCAUUGCGAGAAACAAGACAUCAGUUUACAAUGAAUUCACGCAAUGCCAGCCAGCGGUAUUCUCUUUCUGCAGCCAAAUACUCAGAAAAGGAACAUCAGACUUACAAAUGCAAAUUAAAAUUAAAAUGUCGGUUACAAACUUACCCUGUAUGCUGUAAUAAAGAUGUUUAUUUAUUAAAAACAAA